AUGAACUAUAGCGAGGGAAGAGGCUUCCGCCGUCCAAACAAACGAGAGGCACCAGGCUCCAGAGCCUUCGUAAAUUCCUUGCUCCAAGACAUCGAAAUUCUGGAGAACCGGUUGAGAGAGUCUGGCCAGGAACCACCUGAGCCACAGAAUCCUCUUCUGAAAGGGCGACCACUAAAGACUGUGCGAAAUUGCCGUGAUGCAGAAGAAUCCAGACCGAACGGAUCAGUAAACGGGAAAGGUACGAACCUGAACGCGCGACAUGGUGUAAUGUCGAAAAACAAUUCCAGGCUGCCUCCCGUCGGCCACAGACUGAACGCUCUUUCCAGUCAUGCGAAUACAAAUGUUACAUACGAUCAGGCACAGUUCCACAGUAACAACGUUCCCUCUUGUAUACACACAUCUGUGGAACUCCCCACAGCAGACAGCGUUAGGACACAGUCACCUUUACUCUCUUCGGAGGCGUGCAGACGAGCACUAGCCUUGCGACAUUCCCUAUUCAGUCCGUAUCAGAUAGUGUUUGACAGGCCUAGAGGCCGAGUCCAAUAUUUCUGCCCCAGCAAUUGUUUCAAGCGUUAUUUCAGCGAACAUGUUCGACCACACCAAGGAGCCGCCGAAAGCUACCGGCUAGAAAAGCACGCCUACCGCAUCCUGGCAGACGUCCCUGCACAAAUCCAAGACCAUCUGAUGGGGCUUUUCUGGAGUCGCUACAAUGAGACAUUUCACAUAGUAGACCGCGAGUCUUUCUACGGAGAUCUCGGCACUGGUGCAUCGACAUCUUACUCUGGGUUUCUACACAUCUCAUGCCUGGCCAUGGGGUACUUGUUCGCCGACAAAAAGAACCCAGUAAUGCGGCAUGUCACGGUCUCCGACAAUGUCAGUGUAUUCCACCAGGAGAUUAAAUACAUACUUGACGGAGAACUAGAAGAUCCUCAAGGCCUCACAACCAUUCAGACAAUGCUGGUCCUCAGCGACCUUCAGUGUGCACUUGGGAUGGAUGAUCUUGGAGGAUUAUAUGCAGCAGGAAUAGCCUGUCGUCUUGCGUUUGACUAUGGCCUGAAUCUGGAGCACUCGCAGCUGGGAUUGUCGCAGGCAGAGAUUCAGUCCCGCAGAAGACUGCUUCGUUCCUGUAUUCUCUACGACAGAGGUUGGUCACUGUAUUUAGGCAGGCCCACGAGUAUAAAGAACUCAGACCUCGACAUGUCUCAACUUGCAGACAUGUUCUCGCGUCUGGGCGGCUUGUGUGGAUUGGACAGACUCCCAACACUCGCGCAGCCAGCCAUGGAUGAAACUGAGAACAUGCUCUACGAAGCCACGCUCGAACUUUUAGACAUUGCCAGCAAGGUUCAAGAGAAAACCCAUUCAGAUAUCGCUCCUGGAUCGGAUACCCACGGGAAUUUAUUGGUUGAGAUAGCCGCCCUUGGGAAUAGUUUGAACUCCUGGUCUGCGAGGCUUCCUCCACAAAUCCGGUGGACUCCGGAAAAUGCUGAGAAAGCACCAUCUCUAUAUUUCAUCAUGCAUCAACAAUUCCAUACGACCCAGGCCUUAUUGCAUGGACCUUACGGGCAAUAUGGAGAGGCGCUUCAAGGGCAAUAUUGUGCCUCUGAGUCAAAGCCCCUUGAUCAGGGGAAUGACGCAUACUCCUUCGUCCCCUUGGCUCGAUCAAUUGCGUUCAAGCAUGCCUUGAAGGUGGCGCGGAUUUUCGCAUAUCAUCGAAUGAGAUUCGGCCAGAGCCAAAUUGGGCUGUUCUCGCUUACGCAUGCUGCUACAGCAAGUCUCGUUCUGAUUGCGAAUGCAUCCCUCAAUGAGAAUGUUACCGAGCGACUUUCCACGUUGCAGCGAAUCAAGACACUGCUCGACGAGUUGAAAGAGAUGUCUCUGGUUUAUCAACCGGCCCGAAUGAUGACUGCCGUGAUAGAGCACUACAUGCAGAACACCGGCGUGGAUUUCGAGUGCCUACCAGUCGCGGGUUCGAGUAUGUCUCCAUUUUCGGAAACCAGCAGCUUAUCCGCUAGGCGGCCCAGUGAGCAUGACCCAGAAACUGUCAGGCAAUUCAACAAGAAGAGACAGACGUCGGGUUGUUCAUCCACUGUUGCUCCUAUCGACACAUCUCGUCAAAAAGGUAUAUUCGAUGUCUUCACUUCCGGCGGACAAACUGAAGUUGAAACUGAGGAUUUCGAAGUUCUUGGUCAUGACAUUUCCGGCACUCAUGUCUCUAUUACUGAUGAAAUUCACUGGAAUCCGUUAGAGUCGACGUCGCUCCAAAACCCAGGUAGCACGAUGGAGACCUUUUUAUGGCCAGAAGCCUCUGUUGAGCCGCCAACAAGCCACGCCGGUGAAGAGACGCAAAACUUUGCAAAGUUCGCCCCUCCAUUUCUGUUCUGUGAAAGUCCCGGCAACGGCGCACCGCGCGGUGGCCUCGGGAACGAUUUUGGCGAUGUUUUCCUCGGAUAUCAAGGUGAAGACUUUGGAGAUGCCAUCUGA